GUCGUACAUUUCCAUUGUCCCCACCGAAGAGCGCGCACUGAGCUCUCCUCUGAUUGGUCCGCCUCACUCCAACGCGUGGGACGGUGUCUCUGCCAAGCCCAUCCUCCUCCUUCGUUUUCUACUUCUGUGAGUUCUAUCCCUCUCUGGAUCAUAAAGCAAUCAACACAAGAAAAAAUUCUCCAAAAACCUUUUCUUGGAAUUUUCAUUUUAUAUAUAAACCCCUCCAUCACCCAAAUUCAGAGCCUUUCCGACAACCCUCAACUCAACUCAACUCCCCUUCUCUUCUUUUAUUCUCUCUCUCUCUGUCACUCACUUUCCUAAAGAAAACAGAGCACUUUCAGAGCUGAGAUAGAAAGAAACAGUAACAGUAGCAGGGAUCAGGAGGAAUAGAGACAGAUUUCAAGCAUAUCUGUUGAUUGACUUUGGAGUCCCCAAAGGCAAAGGCAAGGCAGAAAAGAACAAUACCACCACCCAUCUCAGCUUUUGCUUUUGUUUACUUCUCUACUUGGUUGAAUUCAUUCAUAUUUUUGGUUUCCUUUCCCUGGUGGUUUCAUGGAUUCCCCUCAAUCUGUUGUGUCUCCAUUCAAAACCUCUGUUGUUUCUGAGCCUGAGAAGCCGAAAUCUGACUGUUUUGUUCGUGCCAACUCGGGACCAUAUUCUAAUGGAAUCGAGGCUGGUAGACAGGAAACCAAUGUUUCUAAUGUAGAGGACUUCAUUGGUGUUGUUGAGGUUUAUGUUCAUCAGGCCAGGGACAUACACAACAUCUGCAUUUACCACAAGCAGGAUGUUUAUGCUAAGCUGUGCCUGACUAGUGAUCCAGAACUUGCAGCAUCCACCAAAACCAUAAAUGGUGGUGGUCAGAAUCCAGUCUUCAAUGACAAGGUCCAGCUUAAUGUUCGGACUGUUGAUGCCUCUGUCAAAUGCGAGAUUUGGAUGCUGAGCAGGGUGAAGAAUUAUCUUGAAGAUCAGUUGCUGGGGUUUGCUUUGGUUCCUAUGUCAGAGGUGCUCAUCAAGAAUGGAAAGCUAGAGAAAGAAUUCCCUCUUUCCUCAACCGAUCUCUUUCAUUCCCCAGCAGGGUUUGUAAAAUUGUCUCUCUCUUAUUCUGGAGAUUUACCAGAGCUGAUGUCCUUGGCCGCAAAUCCCAUUAUGGAGGACACAGAGAUAACUGAUUCUAUUCCUUGUGAAGAAUUAGAUAAGAUGGAGUUCCCAGACCCGGACAUUGCCAAUGAAGACCAGAUGAUGGUUUCUGAGUAUAUUAAGAUCCCAUGUUCUGAGUUUGAGUCUCGGAGCUCUGAGAGCUUUGUUACUGCUGAUGGUGAAACUCAUGUCAGUUCUGAAGUGGAGGUUCAUGCUGCAGAAAGCUUCUCUACGGCUGCUUUUGGUUCUAUUCAGGCUCAGAAGCUUGACUCUCCCCCGAGCAGUGUGUCAACCAAUGGGGUUUCAUCCCCAUCAGUCCAAGCAAGCUCAGAGUCAUCUGAUGCUCCAGCAACUUCAGAAUCUCUGAAUCAGGAACAAGUUUCUGCCUCAAAAGAGAAAAGGGCGGAUCUUAAAGAUGGUGAAACUGGUUCAUCUGGUGAGGUGCCAAUUGACACAAUCUCAAAACCUGUCGUCACCGUCAACAUUCCAGAGCAAAAUGUGGUGCAGCAGGAUUUUGUAGAUAUGUACAUGAAAAGCAUGCAGCAAUUUACUGAGUCUUUGGCUAAAAUGAAGCUUCCUGUGGACAUUGAAUCACCAACCAGUUCAGGAAAUUCGAGCUCUGAUCAGAAUUUAGCUACACCAAAGACAAAUGGCUCCCGUGUGUUUUAUGGGAGUAGGGCAUUCUUCUAAGCUCCUAGUUCACUGGUUGAUAUGAAGACUCACAGGUGACUCUAGAUUUUAGAUCGAAGGCUAGUACUAGCUAGUAGUGAACUGUAAUAAUGUGUUCUAUGUAUUGUUGUGCUUUCCUUUGUAUGUUGCGGUGUUUUUAGAUGACUUGAAAUCUGCCUUGUACCUGUUUCACAACCUGCUGUUAGUAUAUAUGAACUAAUGUUACAUCUUCCCUCUUGCUCUUUGUGGCUACUUUUAAUCUUAACCUUUUCAUUAUUGUGAUAUCCAA